AUGCGCGGGCAAGGUGCAUCAUGCAGCACGACCGCAGCAGCUAUAAAAAGAGUUGCAGCCGCUGAUUUCUACAUCUUGUUGAUGAAACUUGUCAGUAUUUUGGCAUUUGCCACCUCGACGUUGGCGGCUUCGUCGUGUAACCCGCUCAAGGCCACAGGAUGUCCUGGUAAUGUGGCGUUGGCAACAUCCAUAAAGGAAGAUUUCGCCGAAAGUUCCAAGUACUUUCCAAUCAUAAAAUCCGAGGCUCAGGCUUCUUAUGGAAGUGAUGGGCUCACUCUUAGCAUUAAGAAGCGGUUCGAUAACCCCUCGUUCAAAUCCAGCUUUUACAUCAUGUUUGGAAAGGUGGAAGUGGUGAUGCAAGCGGCCGAGGGCCAGGGUAUAGUGUCUUCUUUCUACCUUCAAAGUGACGAUUUAGACGAGAUUGAUAUUGAAAUGCUCGGAGGAGACGACACCCAGUUCCAGUCCAACUUCUUCUCCAAAGGAAAUGUGCAAACUUACGAUCGUGGCGAGUUUCAUACUGUGACUCCAAAUCCUUUGGAAAAUUUUCACACCUAUACAAUUGACUGGUCAAAGGGCUCAUUAACCUGGAGUUUGGACGGUCAAGUUGUAAGGACCUUGCUUCCCAAUAAUCCCCAGGGAUACCCACAAACCCCAAUGUACAUCAUGGGAGGAAUUUGGGCUGGAGGAGACUCUUCUAAUGAACCGGGAACCAUCGAAUGGGCCGGAGGACCCACCACUUAUGGUCCUACAUACUCCAUGCAUAUCAAGUCGUUGAUUGUCACCGACUACUCUACGGGUGACAAAUAUGUGUACUCAAACCAAUCUGGAUCCUGGCAGUCGAUCGAGGCAGAAAAUGGAAAAGUAAAUGGAAGACAAAACCAGGCUGAUGCUGACUUUAAAGCGUUGCAGCUGGGAAAGUCUGUGGAAAAGGAGGAAACAAGUUCUAGCUCGAGAUCGAGUUCAACAAGCUCUACUUCUUCAAGUUCUAGUUCUAGUUCUAGUUCGACUUCGAGUUCAAGUUCUAGUUCAUCAAGUUUGAGUUCUUCAAGUUCGAGUUCGGAGUCCAGUUCGACCUUUUCAAGUGAAAAAUCGUCUUCGUCGAAAUUGUCUUCGACAAUUUCUUCUUCUUCUUCCACUAAAAUCUACCCCAAAUAUGUCGUGACUUCCAAGUCCAUUCCAACCGUCUCCGCCAAUGAGUCAACCCAUAAUUCCACUUCAGCUGCUCACACCUCAACUCCCCAAACAUCUUUGGCAGCACAGACAUCGUCAUCGAUUUCAAAUCUGAGUUCGUCAACCUCUAAUAAUGCCGCCAUAAUAGGCAUCUCUCCUUUGGUUUUCCUACCGCUCCUUCUUAUAUAG